AUUCAAAUCGACCCUGAUCGCAUCGUAUACAAGAACCCGGGAGACGAGGCUACCGAGGACAACACCCUCGUCUUUACCCUCAAUAUCCAGUGUUCGCGUGUUCAGGGGGCAAAGAAAGACGAGAAGGACGAGGAAAAAAAGUACAUCAACUCGAAUGUCCUCUCUGGUGCCAUGACUUGGGAUCCCAAGGGCGAUCAAGCCUCCAUGUUCGGCGCAGACGACCCUCGCCCUGUGAAUCCAGACAUCCUCCUAGCCAAGCUGCGCCCAGGCCAAGAGCUGCGCAUGGAGCUGCACUGCGAAAAGGGACAAGGAAAGGACCACGCCAAGUACAGCCCUGUGGCUGCAGCAUCGUAUCGACUCCUCCCGCACAUCGACAUCUCGCCGCAGGGAAUCCCCAAGGAGCAUCACAGGAAGUUCAUCGAGUGCUUCCCCGAGGGAGUCAUUGGAUUGAGGAAGAGGACAAGCGACGGAGCAGAGGAGGUAUAUGUCAAGAAUCCGAGGAAGGAUACCGUCAGCAGGGAGGUCUUGAGGCACAAAGAAUUUGAGGGCAAGGUCAAGCUCGGCAGGGUGCGCGAUCAUUUCCUCUUCUCCAUCGAGUCGACGGGGCCGUAUACACCACAGCGCUUGCUCCCGGCUGCCGUCAAGGUCAUGAGGAACAAGAUCGCCGACGCCCUCAAGGGGCUCGAUGCGCUGGAGCAGGAUCUUGGCAUCUCAUCAUAGAGGGCGAAUAGCAUGCAGCAGACUGACUCUCAACUUGUACUAUUAGAUUUGAAUGACAAAACCUUCACGCGCCACGCGCCUUACUCGCAGCUACUCCGUCGCAGUCGCAAC